AUUGCUGCCAUUCUUGGAUUUUGAACAUUCACACUUCUUCCUGCUUGUGUACUUCGACCGAGUGUACUUAUUGUACUUUGUAUCGCGGCGGUCUUGACCUAUAGAUAACAAUCUACCCUGCGUCCGAUCCUCAGGUGCUUCCUGUUUCCCCGAACAGAUUCGAUUUCCUCACCUGUCCGCCCAUCGAUCUUCUUACCUAUCACACCACCCUCAAGCACCGAUACCACUGCGAUACGCUUCUGAGAUACCCUACCCCACGUCGACGCAGUCUUUCUCCACGUGUAGUCCGGAAGCGAGCUAGGUCUCGCCCCAGAUUUCUGCCUUUAGAAAGAAAAUGGUCUCUUCGGCGUUGGCCACUGCGGCCGAUACUUCGGCGUUCAGUGUGCGGAGUUUGUAUCGGUCCCUGCUGAGGCAGUCGAAUCAGUUUGCGAACUAUAAUUUCAGGAUGUAUGCACGGCGGCGGACGAGAGAUGCCUUUCAUGAGCAUCAGCAUGAGUCGGAUCCCAGACGGAUACAGGAAUUGGUGCAGAAGGGUUUGAAGGAGUUGCAGAUGAUGAAGAGACAAACAGUGGUGUCACAAUUCUAUCAGCUCGACAGAUUGGUGGUAGAAGGAGGAAAGACGGGUAAAGAAACAGGAGACCAUGGAGGGGUGGUGCGACAAAAGGACACUGGAUGGGACUAAAUAUCAACGUCUUUUUCAUCCUGGCACCUGUACAGUAUCUGCUACUAAUAUCUUGGGGCAAAGUCCUGUUCCUACUAGCUUAGACAGCUCCUGUGAUACCAAUGAACAUAUCAAUCUCUGCC